CUGUGCAACUUAUCAAUAUAGCUGGUUAAUGAGUGACUGUUUUCCAUAUGAUGCUCCACAGCUGUCCCAUCCAUUUGCCCCCACAUCACUGCGCACCACGUCUGCCCGGACAGGGCCUAUGGGACUCGCUGCCAUUGGGUGUCGCUGUGCGCGUAAAGUCUCAGCCGGCAGGUUUUGGUCCGACCGGACCCCAACACAGUCUGAAGUGUCAGAUAGUCUUGUUAACACGUGAGAAAUUCAGUGUGUGGAAGAGGGCGAAAGAGGGGGAAACCAGGGAGAGAGAGGACUGCGAAAUUACGCGGAAGAGACGUUUUGAGAGAGAGCUGGACUCGGAGGGAACCGCGGAGAUCUGAAUGAGGGAAUGCCGAAAAGGAGAGAAGACAGGCGGCCAGAGCACCAGACAUGAGUUCGAGGUGGCGGACUGAAGACAAUGCUGGAUGCCAUGGAAGUUCCAAGUCAUGCUAGGGAUCUCCUCCUGCAGCUCAACAGCCAGCGCACCAAGGGCUUCCUGUGUGAUGUUAUCAUUGUGGUGCAGAACGCCCUCUUCAGAGCUCACAAGAACAUUUUGGCUGCCAGCAGCCUCUACUUGAAGUCUUUGGUGGUCCAUGACAAUCUCAUCAACCUCGACCACGAGAUGGUGAGUCCAGGGGUCUUCAGGGUCAUUCUGGACUACAUCUACACAGGCCGCCUUAGCGAGGGAGACCCCACUUCCCCCACUGAGCCCAAUUUAGGGGCUGUCUUGGCUGCAGCCAGCUACCUACAACUGCUCGACUUAGUGGCUUUGUGCAAAAAGAAGCUGAGGAGAAAUGGCAAGUACCCUCCCCGCCCAGGCCCUGCAUUUCUACCCUAUGCAAAGAUGGGACCCAAUAGUAUGGGUUUAGGGAGUGGUGGCAGGUAUAGGAUUUCUACUCCUGUCAUUCAGUCAUGUCCUCCAGGAGGAAUUUUGAAUAACCAUGCACCCCGAGCACCACCACUAGAGGAGCUGGUUCCCCAUCGACUAGCCAUCCAUACUGGGGAGUUGUAUGCUCCCACCUCCACCCAGGGCUCUCAGGUGUUCCCGUCCCUGCAGUCAGCUCUGCCCGCCCAGCUUGGCCGCUCGGCCCAUUCUGAGAGGAACUGCUCUCCCAACUUUGGGCUUGAUCUCUCCAAGAAGAGCCCCACCUCCCAGUCUCAGCUCACACCCUCUCAAACGCAUCUGGCAAACACUCACAACGAUGAGGAGCGAGAUGGGACUCUGAGCGGCCGCACGAGUCCCAUGCAGGGGACGAAUGGCAGGGCCUUCCCCUCAGAAAAAAUGGAGUCAACUGAUCAGACAGGCUCCCUCACUCCUCCAGCUUUCCCCCAUCUCAACCAGCCUCUAGGCCCCCACCUCCCCCACCUGAUUCGUUCGGGCUCCCAGGGGACAGACCGCUACCCAUGCCCACCCAGCCCCGACACCCCGACAGAAGGCGGAGAGGCGGGCAGAGAAAUUGGCAACAUCUACCGCUGGGUGAAACACGAGCCACUGUCGUACACAGGUGAAGAUGAGGAUGAGGAUGAGGAUGAAGAGGAAGGUGGUGAAAAUGGAGAUCAGCAUCACAACCAUCACAAGACCGGGGAGGAGAGUGAAGGAGCAGAUGAUAAGAGUGGUUCGGGCACCGAGGAGACAGGCAGCAGCGAGGGCCGUCCGUCUCCUUCUGGACCAAUGGGGAGGUUCCACAUGCCGUAUGAGCCGGAGAGCUUUGGAGACAAUCUGUAUGUCUGCAUCCCCUGUGACAAAGGCUUCCCGAGCUCAGAGCAGCUCAAUGCACACGUGGAGACGCACACAGAGGAGGAGCUGUAUGGCAACUCUGGUGGGGAGAUGGGAAACAGCAAUAACAGCAGCUCCAAAAACAUGAGCAGCAACACAAAUGGUUAUGGGAGCCUCAACAGCAGCAACGUUCUGAACAGUCUGCCCCACCUGGAGACCAAGUCCGGCCAGGGACUGAACUCAGGGGGCAUCGGGGAGAUGAUCCGACCAUACCGCUGCUCCAGCUGUGAAAAGUCCUACAAAGAUCCAGCCACUCUGCGCCAACAUGAGAAGACCCACUGGCUGACACGGCCUUACCCCUGCAGCAUCUGUGGCAAGAAGUUCACACAGCGCGGCACCAUGACACGCCACAUGCGCAGCCACCUGGGCCUUAAACCUUUCGCCUGCGACUCCUGCGGCAUGCGUUUCACACGUCAGUACCGUCUCACUGAGCACAUGCGCAUCCACUCUGGGGAGAAGCCGUAUGAAUGUCAGGUGUGUGGGGGAAAGUUCGCACAGCAGCGCAACCUCAUCAGCCACAUGAAGAUGCACAGCGGUGGAGGGACGGCAGGGGGCCUGACCACAGAUGGGAAAGUGAAGCUGGACUUUGCAGAGGGCAUCUAUCCUCUGAGUAAAUACACAGCGGAGCACCUGGGCCUGAAGCAGGAGAAAGCCAAUGAGCUGCUCAUCCAAGCGCAGCAGCAACUGGUAGCCGAUGCGAAGGCCAUAGAGAGUUUGUACCCGCUCUCCAAGCUGGCCUCGGAGCACCUGGGCCUCACCCACGACAAGAUGGAUAUCCUGGGGCAAUCCCUGCCUCCUCCACAGGCCCUCUCUGAUGCCCGCACCAUUGACCGCUACUCACCCUGCUAAGACACAUAACAUGUAUAAAUGGCAAUCACCAAUAGGUCUGUGUGCACACAAUUUGCAGUAUUCUAAAGCCAUUCACCUCAACUCAAUAUCUCCUCUGCACCUCAGACUCAGGCCAAAAGGAGUUGGUCUGCUAAUGCACACCAAAAUGUGUAGACUGUAAGUGCCUUCCUAUGCAUCUAAUGUAUCUUAAAGUGCUCCUUCAUAAAGGAACUUUGUGCUAUUACGUGACCAAGGGACACUCACUUUAAGUACAGUAUUUAUGUACAGUGUAUGCAAAGAAACUUUUCUUUAAAAAAAAAUCCAGCCAUUGAGCCAAAGUGACAAAUUGAAAACCAAAAUGAAAUUGUUUUUUAUUUAUUUUUGUACUAUGGGAAAUCCAAAGAAAAACUGUUGCAAGGAAAAACUUUGCAAUCCGACCCCAAACCUGUGUACUAUUCAUCUUUGUACAAAAACAAAUGAAAAAGCACAGAAGGACAAUAUUCAGGGUUCGUCCAGACCUGAGCAGAACUUUCGACAUAUGAAUAAGCCAACUCACCUGGACUUUAAAGUAAUGGGAGUAUCUGUUUUUUUCUUAUUUCUUUUUUUUUUUUAACUUUUCUGUUUUUGGGGUACUGGACAAUUUAUGUAUCUCGCUCUCCAGCUUCUCCCAUCAUGUGAAAUGACUGAAUGAUAAUAGCUAUUGCCUCAGCAUUUCAGUAAAGUCUCUUGUGCUCUGUUUCCUCCUCAAGUUUUUUUUUUUUUUUUUUUGGUUUUUAAGUACCCCACUCCCCUGCAUAUUUGUGUGGAUAAAGGCUCAGGCUAUGUGACAGUAAUGGUAGCUGAAUCAGCCUUACACUUUCAACCGUCCUUGAGCUUAAAAACUUCCCUUGCAGUUGAAUGAACGUCCCUCAGCUUUUGGUUGUUGUUGAGAUGCAGCUAGCACGGCCCUGUGAUCUCAUAACUGGGACAAGAUUGCACAUACCCAACUGAUGACACACUAAAUCCCUGGUCAUGACGAGUGUAGCUUCAACUCGUGGUGUAGACGAAUCAUGGGUGUUGCCUUUCACAUUGUGUAAUAUUUACAAUCGUGGAUGCAGCUGAGGAGAGAGGCAGGCACCGGGACGGAGCUCAUGACACAGAAAUAUGUCAUUUACUGUCAGGAGCAAGUGGUCUAUUCAUAGCAGUCUGAUGAUUAAUGGUGGAGUUUGUCAUGAGUCUUGUUGAACGCCACUCUGCUCCACUGUCCGGCUUCUCAUCUGACCUCCCUCCCCUGUAGUCUGUUGACUGGGAGCCUGCUACUGUUGACAGGCCAAAGUGAGCGCUGCAUCCAGCCCUUUGCCUUCACAGCACUCCACACACCGGAUGCAUAUAGGCUCCCUCUUCCCACACACACACACACACACACACACACACACACACACAUAGCGAGCUGCUAAUCUGUCAGCGAUAUGAACACAAGUAGGGGUUUGUGGGUCUUCCUCAGAAGCCAGCGGGUGAACAGCGCUCCCCAGCUGCUGCGCCUCAGUAAUCCCUGUGAAAUCUCACUUUCUCCUGGACAAUUCGCACUGCUUGCCGGCAUGAUGUCCCAUUUCAUGCCUGCCAUCUUGCUCCUCUGAUCCACUUAUUAACAUCACAUCCCAGCCUAGCAAAUAGUCCUGCCUCUCUUCUCCGCUGGUAUCAAAUGUGGAAACAAAGAGUGACAUAUUUUAUGUGUUGGCUGACCAGCAGCUCCUCCAGCUUGAAAAAAAAAAAAAGAGCACUUAAAGGUUGCAGGUUGAAGGCACAUUCUUGUCUUUAAAUCUUCAUUCCAAAGAACAUGUUAGCCUUUUAUUUUCUUUGUUUCUUUUCCCCCCCCACUUUUUCUAGUCCUUCAUUCAGAUUGUUUGACCACUAUAGUGCCAAUGCCAACCUCAGUGGGUGAAUGUGAAGACUAAAGCCAUACAUACACUGUGAUAGACGUAGUGAAUCUUAAAGGCUUAAAAAAUACAAUGUGCCUAACUUUUGCAACUGUUUUUUUUUAAAUGUAACAAUAAUUUAAGGGCUUCUUUUCUGUAGCAUAUGAUCAUAUCAAACAUGUUGUUUCUUGUCACUUACUUUUCUUUACUUCAUUUUAAUUUGAACUGAAAGCAGCGCACGUGAAACUGGUGCUUACCUCAGGACUGAACCCAGCAUGGGGAUGCUAAGCUUUUGUAAACCUUAGAUCAACAAUAUCAACACACAUACAUGCACACACACUCACAUACACACACACUUUUGUAAAAUUGUCUUACUAACAGGGCAGUUGUCCUGUGUUAAACCUGUGGUUAUUUCUGUGUUUAUACAUUUCUUGUUGCAGUUUUAUGGUGGAGAGAUAAUAUGUGAUAUUAACAUUUUUUUUGUUUUUAUUUGUACUAUGCGGUAUACAUUUUCUAUUGUGUUGUCCUCAAAGAGGCUUUUGUCAGUCUGACCCUUGUUCAAACGUAAGGCUAAGUCAUUUUGGUAGUACCUUAAGUGUUUUUGUGAAUUUCUGAUCCACAGUUUAGUCAGUAGCAUGGCAUUGAUCUUUGGUUUUAACCACACAUACAGUAAAAUCUGGGUGACAAGUGUUGCAUUUUGAAAUCUCUCUUUGCUCACAAGACAUGAUGCAUUAAUCUUACUUCCUUAAACAGACUAGCAGUUCAGUAUGAAAACUACCCUCGUAUUGUUCGGCCCCUUGUCUCCAGAGGUUAGUGAACUUUUGACAAGAGUCAGAUGGCAGUUGUACAUACACACAACCACGCAGGAAGCCAGCAUGUUUUUGGUCAGUGCUUCAAGUUUGGAGAUUCUUAGCUCUGCGACAAGAAAAGAAAAAAAAAAUAGCUCAAAUGAAACUUUGGUAGUAAGAACUUGAUCCUCACACAUGUGUAUACGUGUUAAAACAGGCGGAUGUCAGUCGUGGGAAUUUCAGUCACCUCAUUCUCUCCGAUUUAGAAGCUGAAAUGAAAACGUGUCUCCACAUUUUCCUUGCCAAACACCAUUAAAAUAACACCAAGUGUUUCCACUGUCACUUCAAAUCUGUGCGAGAGGGAAGAGAAAGAUAAUGCUUGAAGAUUUCAGAAGGAUGUGCGCUUUGAAAUUUGCUUAACUGCAUUAAUGCGUCUGACAGAGGAGGAGGAGGAGGAGGAGGAAGGGUCGUGUAUCUACAGAAAGGGAAGCAUUUGCUUGUCUGUUUGUGUAUCGCUAUGCUAUUUGAGCAUAUGAAGGGCUGCUAAUGCAUGCCCUGGGAAUAGGGCUGGUGUGAAGGAGAAGCGCUGAGGAGCAGGAAGUGAACUUUUGGCUGGUGUGUUGUGCUGAGCAGGAUGUGCCGUGUGUUUCUGCUCAGAGGCAGAUAGAGAGACGGAGAAUGGGGAGGGAGAGGAGCAGGGAGAGCACAGCGGGGUGGACGCGAGCCAUUGUCUCAGUAUGAAAGCCUGUUUCGUACUUCUAAAACCUUCCAUUCAGAAAACAAGUAGACUGUAUCUUCUCUUUUCCUUCCCUUUAUUGCUCUUUGGGAAUAAACUUCUGCUCAGUAUCACGGUGAUACAACAUUGUGGGCUUUCAAGGGCUGCAUGGUGAGCUGCUCAGACAUUUUGUUACAAUCUGAGGAUGUUGUGGAUUCAAAGCUUUAUUAUUUCACGAUAGUUAAUCUAUAUUUCAUCCAUAAUUAGUAUGAAAAGCCUAGAAAAUGUAACGUAAAUCAUUUUUUUAAAAACUGGCAGUAUUUCUUUUGCUCUGUGGUUGUUUCACUUAGUCAAAUUAGAGGAGUCUUGUUUCAAUUUACUGAUGUAGCCACUCACCCCGUGAACUUUUAUGCCAUUUGCCUUUGUUAAUGUUAUUUAUUUGACACACAAAGCCAGAAAAUCACUCAUUGCCACCAAAGUGGUUUGGAUGAGUAUGUUAUUUAAGUAGGCACUUAAAACAGUUUAUUAGUUACAUUAAUUAAAAUCUUAAGAAAGGAAUGGAUGCAAAUAUUAGUGCAGUAGCAUAAACCACCAACAAUGAGAUGUGGGUUGAUUUCUUUUUCAAACAUUUUUGGCCAUUUCACUCCUCUCUCAUGUUAUGGCAACCAUCCCAGGCCUGUAACUUUUUUAACACUAACAAUAUAGAAGUCAAAAAAAAGGGGGGGCCUGGAUGAGUUCCAGCAGCACUUUGCAGACCAAAAAAGGGUUUAGGUUUAAUGUUCAAAAAUGCAAAGCAUGCCUUUAAGCUUUAUACCAGCGGCAGCAGCAGGCCCAAGGUCACCUAUGUGACUGUGACAGGCUGCGCAGUCCUGAAGAGUCUGCAGUCAUGUCGCCGUUUGACAUUUAUUGUAUUUCACAGUGUGUGCCAAAAAGACUGAAGCACUUAGCAGACGUCGCGGAUGCUCGAAAACAAAACUCAGCGACAAUCUUUGUAGUUUUCAUUAGUUGCAUUGUCGAGUUAAGCUUCUUACCAGCUUUGACUUGUUCCGAAAGCCGUCCAAUAUGUGGCUAAUCAUUAAAGCGCAGCGCAGAGAGGUCACUGCUGUCGAAUGUACAUAUUUCUUUUUAUGAGGACUCAUGUUUAAAUGUAAGCUACAGGCAAAUCAUACCAAUAAUCAAUUGACUCUUCAGUCAGCUAAUGCAAAUGUGCCUUCAGCAACACAAGUAAGUCUUGCAAUAAUUUGUAUGAGUGAAUCAGCGCGAGGUUUUCUGAUGUGUCCGCAAAGUGCACCUGUCCAUCUGCAUGUCUGGAUGCUUUCCCACAGUGUAGCAGGGUGAAGUACAAGGGAGAUAUUUGACACUUUCAAGAGUCUUUAUUACAAGCAGCUGCUUUAGAUUUAUUCCUCUGAACGGCACUUUUCUGGAAAAAUCAUUGUAUUGUGAUUUUUUAUUACUCUUGUGAUCCCCUAGAAAGUCCCACAAUUGCCUCUGCUUCGGGCACUUUGCUUCCUUUUAGCGUUCCUCCUCUUCCUCCCUUGGCUGCUCUCGUUCACCGCCCUCGUCCCCUCAAAGCACAGCUUCCCUCUUCACCUCUCUCUGUGCCUUCUCUCCUCUUACACUUAACACAAACCGCUGACCCACAGCGCCCGCUGCCUCCCCUCCUUCUCCCAUGAUCCACUUACUUCCAGCUGUUUUUCAUGCUGAAGAAGACAGUUGUCUAAAUGUUUAUGUGAAGAGCUACUUUCUUUUUCUUUAAGCCCUGAUCAAUUUCCAAAAUGAACUUUGUGGCAUGUGUUAAAAUACAGCAGAUGAUGGGCCAAAGGCAAAAAAAUCUGACAUCGUUGUUGUAUUCUGAUCCCCAAGCCAAGAAACGGCUUACAAAGGGGAGAUUAAAGACAGCAUAUUGUUGUAGAGGAAAUGCAGAAUAAUGUGAGGGGAAAUGUUCAGGGAAAAUAUGCUCAGAAAGAUGCCAGUAAAGUAAACAUGUAUGAAAUUGCACAAUUGAGUGGGGCCUCGGCUGCACCAGCCAAGUCAUGCGCUGGGAUGGAGAGAACAAGUAAGGGAGAAGGGUUGUGAGGAAAAGAACCAGAAACAGAGAGAAAAAUAGCUUGUGCUUGAUAGUCAUAACCUUCAGUAAAUAACAAAGGAAAACUGGCUGCUUUGUGUGUCUGUUCACCUCUUCUUUCCACCCGUCAGUGAGCUUACUGUUUAAAUUUCCUCUUUUGGCAAAUUACCUUGUGAGGACUUUUUUUUUUUUUGCAUUUUCAUUGUUGAUUGCUGCAGGUCAUUGUCAGGUUUUUAGUAUUAACGUUCAUGUCAGUGUGCUCUCUGAGAUGACAUCCUCCUUCCAGACGUGACAAUUAUCACCCAAUCAGCACAUGACCCACAGAAGCUUCUUUGUAGCUGAACAGCGAGGGGGGGUGGGGGGUGGGGUUGUAUCUCUGCUUCUUUCUCUACCUUGAACACAUACAGAGCAGACUGAGCGGACUCCUGGCUUGAAUCUUUUCUUUUUUUCGUUUACAGUGUGCAACUUCUGCUCCGGGAGUUUAAAUUCGAAGACAAACAAAAGAGCAAGGACAAAACAAGCAGGAAUUCGGAGGAGUGAAAGUUUAGUCAGGGAGAAUAUUUGAUUGUAUAUCUCUCGAGCACACUCAUGCAGACACACACAUAAACACACAGCUGGAUGGCAGACCGCUGCUCCAGAUUAGGUCAGAUUUAAUUAGGCUGCCCUGCUUUGUUUGGAGUGUCGCUUCUUGUAGAAAAAGCCAUUUUUAAAAGAAAAAGGCGAUUCCACUGACGGCUUCCACUCGACGAACCGGUGCCAAAAUGUUACAGAGCCUCAGGGUAAUCUCUCACACACUUACACACACGGGAGUCUAUUUUGGUUGUGGAAAAAGUUGAUGUGUAGAAAUGAUGGAUUAUGAUCUAAUGAAGAUCACUCUGACUGUUUUGAGGUGGUUUUACCCGACUGUGGUUCAGGGAUAAGAAAGUUCAGCAGCAUGACAGACCGCCACGCAGACAGCAGUAGUUGUGAAUGGAUGGAAAAACACAUGACAGAAUACAUGCAUCAGAAAUUCACUAUGGAAAUGCAAUUUUUCAGUGGAAGUCGGGAUCUUAUUUCAGCAGAUGUGCACAAAACAUCAACAGUGUUCAGCAUUUUGUUUUGUGGUUUUACAGCAGUUUAUACCAUAAAGACAAUUAAAAACAAUACUUUAAACCAAACAGUAUUUUUUAUUUUCUUUUUGCAUUCUCUGCUUUUCAGUGUCAAUAUAGAUUUUACUUUGCUUUAGUGAAAUGAAUGUAUUUAUUGCAUGUCAAAAAAUGUUUUAUAGUUAAUUUUUUGUGUAAAUUUCAAUUGUGGGUUUUUAUAAUAAUUUCAUUUAAUUAUGGUGUCUUGAUAAAAAUCAUGUUGAUAAGGCUUUUAUUUUUAUUAAAAGCCAAUGUGAAAAAUGUCAUGUUUUUUGUGUUUGUUACUAUACUCAAAAUCAACUUGGCAAUAAAAAUGAAUUGCAUAAUGGAA